GGAUAAUUGGGCCGACGGGUCGGCACUUUUGACUGAACUUUACCAUUUGCGUUUUUAUUUGUUCUUUUAACGUUGCGACAGUUGGAAACGCCGUCUGUGGCUCGUUGCUUAGCAACGACGGUUUACUAUUCGGCUUAACCGACUGCAGUCGGUCUCGAUUUGGGUGCAACAUGAGCCAGAUGAAAAAUAAGAUUUUAAAUGUUCUCAAUAAGCAUUCAAAAGAAACACUAAAUAGCUGUUCCUCAGUGAACAGCUUGGCUGCAGACUGCAAAUGUUGUAAACAUCACAAUAAUACCCACAAACCGCACAAAAUGAAACGAUGGAGGAGCCGCAAGGAGAGGACUCAGAUGAGGGCUGGUGGAAGAGAGGCCCCAAAAGCUAAAUCGCAUCACCAUCACCAAAACAUCAAGAACUUUUCACAUUUUCACAACUGUUGUCACAGUAGCUGUUAUUGCACUCCAAGGAAAGGGGAGCCAUAUCCAAACAGAAUUCCUGCACCACAGGAGCCUAGCAUCAUCACAGACAACCGCCUCAUCGGCCACCAUGGGCUGUUCAACCAUGAGGUGAAGUCUGUUGACAUCGAACGCUUGUUAAGUGAGCAGAAGAAACGAGAGAAAAGUAAACAGCAAGUGCCCGAAAAGAGCUGUAUUCUAUCACGUCAAUCUUCAGCAUCUCACAAUCUAUCUCCAUUCUCCAGUAGGGAUUGGUCAGGUAGAGAUACUAAUGAGGCUGUGCAGUGUGCAAGGAUGGCAGACCCUGCUGCAAAUGCCCCAGAGUGCAGGGAAAAAGAGAAGACUCUCAGCCAAGAGUCAGAUAUUACACCAGGCCAGCGACUGCAAAAACCUGAUCCAUCAUCUGGAAGCUAUAAAAGCAUUUUGUCAUCUAACCACAGCUCCCUUGAUGUAGUUGCAUUCAAGAACAAGAAGUACAAUUCUGUGAUGUCUGACAGGUGCACGGAGUCCCCGUUGUCUCCCACCGGUGACAGAGACCAUGUCAAGAAGUUAAAAAAGAAGUUAAAGACACACUUGAUUUCUACUCCUGAUCACACUCCAAAAGAAGAGAAGCCUCCUGUCCUGCCGACACAAGCCCCUGGUCUGCGCCCAAGCCCACUUCAGUGUUCCAGCUCACCCACUACUCAGAGCUUCAACAUAACACACAUAAGUCAGGAUUUCCGCUGUGUAUCAAAGUCCGUCAGUGAAGUUGCAGCGCGUUUGUGCGACUUUCUGCACUUCCCCGUUCUGAGAAAGGGAAACCUAGUGGCAGAAAGCAGGGAGGAGGUGUUGAGAGCACUGCGGGAGAAGCAUGGAGCACACCUUCGGGAGAACCUUCUCAAGGUGAAGCGUUCCCUCGGGGGUGGUGCUGAUCUCACAAGGGCUAUGGCAGAUGAAGAUGCGCUCUUCCCUUCAGAUGCCCCUGAACACCAAUCUGACAAUGCCGUUCAGUUUUGUUUUGAUAUCCAAAGAACCCACAGAAAGACUCCUGAAUGGUUGACAGAGCCCAUGGAUACUUCUACCAGUCUUCUGGACGGUGUCCUCAGACCUAGUUUCUCUCCCACACUCUACAUGAACUGUGAGCCCCCUGAGGUCUCAGCAAAUAAUCAUUCGUUCUCUAAUUCUGCCGACUCAUGUUGGGCAGAGUUCUCAUCAUCUCAACACUGGGGGGAAAGUUUCAGCAGGUCGACGAGCAAAGAGUCAUUUUUGUGUGAUUCUUUUGAAAAUAGCUACUUGAACCACAGCAGUGCAUCUACAGGGAGCUUCAGGCCACAGUAUGGUGGCAACAACAUUCAGCCCUUCUUUACUCACACAGCCCAGCUGACAGACCGACGUGCAGCAGAGCCAGGGCCCUUUUUAACUGACAGGUACUCAAAUUAUCAGUCUUUUUGCGCCCAAAAUCGCCAUCCCACCCAGAGCAACAACUUUCAUACAUUCAGCCAAUUCACCCAGCCCUCAAGUUGCCCAUCACUUAGGCCCCACUACACUGACAUGAUACAUUAUCCCCCAUCUCACAUGCUUGAAAUAGAGGCAGCACCUCCCUUGUCCUCUUUACCGAGCCCUGAACCCUGGUCCUUCCCUCCAAUGAGACUGUACUGAUGUUUGGUGAAUGUCACUAAUAAAUGUAGUAGCACAAG